GAGAGGGUUAGCAAGGAAGAAAAACAGCCAUAACUCAGCAAGUACAGUCAGAAAGAAAGGAGCUGGAGAUGCAGAAAAUAUGUAGUCCUCUGCUAUGUUUCCAGCUAUAUCCCCACCCUGCUGACCCUUUCAGAUUUCCCCCACUAUGACACUGGGUGAUAUUUGUUUGCUUAGAAAGAAGGCUACUAUGUACCUUUUAGAAGAAAGGAGCCUGGAAGAUGAAUAGCUUUCUGCUCCCUUGGAGAAGGGCUGCACCUCAUCCCAUCCCCCACCAUCUGCAGGUCCAGUUCCAUAUUAGUAAGACACUGUUAGAUAUCCUGGGAUCCCCAGUACCAUCUCACCAAGGGAGACUCAGAAGUGCCAGGAGAGCUGGCUUGCAGGCCCUAGCAGGACCUGGGACUGGAAAGGCCAAGUACAGAGCUUCUUUUCCUGUUCUCCAUCCCAUAUACAAAAAAAAUAAUUAGAGACAGGAGAAAAUUAGAAGUAAAAACAAAAUCGGUGCAGCUGAAGUUUGAGAUGGUUAAAAUGAAAAAUGGGACUGUGUCACUCAUAAGUGGAUAGAUAGAUCAAUCAAUUGAUCUCGUCUGUACUGACACAGUUUGAAGCUAUAAUUCACUGCUGGGGCAAUUAUUCCAGCACAGCAGGGGUGGGGGUUAUAUCAGAGACAGAAUCCAGGUGCUUUCAGUCAGUGAAGAGUUGGACAGCAGAAGGUAAAAUUCAUAACUGCCAUCCACCAGUAAAGAUGCAUGGGAUAUAAACUACGUCCACACAGUUGCAGAGUGGAAACUGAGAGACAGACAUAGAAAUAGACACGUAGAAGUCUGAGGUGUGGUUGUGCAAACAUUUGCUGUCUCACCUUGCCCUCCUCUACUCUCUGCUUUUCUUAGAGAGCAGUGCUCAGCAUCACUAUGUCCCAGUUCUCUUUGCCAUCUUGCUCUUGACUUCUUUAUCCCCCUGCACUAAGUGGUGCUGCGUCUGCAAGGUGUGAGGAAUUUUUCUUCAUAAGCCUUGAUGUGCUCAAGAGAAGGCUGGGCUCAUCUCUGCAGUGAGCCUGACAGGGGCUUUAAUAGCCUCAGAGCACCGGGACAAAUAGCUUCUGGUCCCUUAACCCUGCACAGCUUUGCAAGGCAAGGCCUGGCACUGUUGUUCCCAUCGUGAGGGCUUUAGGCAGUCUUUCAGGCUGAAAUCCUCUCUGUGGUGGCUGGGCAGAGCGGAAAUCCAGGGGCUGGAUCAGAUUGUCCUAAUGCUACAGCAGCUUAAGCGGUCUGUUUUACCAGAGAUUAUGGUUUCACUUACACAGAGCGCCUGAAAAAUGCCACGGUUUAGGAAGGAUUAUAGCUGAAAAUUCCAUGCUUUAAAAGAGAAAUAAAGCAGGGGAGGGACUAGGAAACCCAACGUGCCCAGGGGCUGUGCAAACAGGAUUAACCUCUGCCCACAGCACCUCUUGCUUCUGCCCACCCACAUUUCCCACGUCCACCUUCUCCCCAACGGCUCCCUACACUUGCCGUCUCCUGCACAGCACAGAGAGCAGCAAGGAGACAGGAAAAUGCCCAGAACCAAGGUCUCCCCAGUUUAUUUUGCUAGAUCUGUACGCUCUCUUGCCAUCUGAUGACAAGUAGAUGACAAGUAGAUGACAAGUAGAGCCAGAAGAGAAAUAGCUUUGGGGGUUCUCCAUCUACUGACUGGGCACUGGCUUACAAGGACUCACUUGCAGGACUGUAGGACAGUAUCCAGUAGUAAAAAGCAGUGCCUGAACCCUGAUGUGCUGCUCACUCUGGUUACACUAAUUAACUGUGCAAUAAUCACCACAGACUCCAGCUUCUGUCCAUCACAUCCCUAAGAAAAGUUCCUUGCGCAACGGAACUUCCAGUGGCAAAAAGGGAGAAGAAACAACAGUCCCCACUGAGCAUACCAGAGGCUUCCAAAACAUAAUCUAAACAAAUGGGAACUGCACAUCUUUUGGCCAUAACUGAUCCUUACUAGUCAAAUAACCCAUGACCAUAUGUCUUUGCUGCAAAGGAGUCUCACAGCUCAUGGAUCCUUGCCGGCCAUCUAGGUUAGAGGCACUUGGAGGAAAACACAGAUGGAAAAUUAUCAUUUUUGCUAGGUAACAAACCUUUGGAAACAAAUCCCUCAGGAUAAACAGUAUUCACAGACAGAAACUGCCCAGCCCUUAAUUGUUUAGGUGAGCACUGCAGCCUCACAAUAACGUGCCUAGAGUCAGUUAAAGCCAGUUCUACUUUAAUGAGGCCAGAUUUAUCAUCUAAUUAUACGUCUCGUUUAUAUCUCUGUAUAAAUCAAAACCACCACAACUAGCUUAUAUAGCAUUGGCAACACUUGCCAUUAUGGCAGGGAGAUGGCUUUUAUUAAUUGGCUUUGGGUGGUUGGUUUGAGAGAUGAUUUGGACCGUGUGCGAGCAUGUCAUCCAUGCUUCUCUUUCAGGUGUUUAAGUACAGGUCUCCAUUGCUGCUGACCCAACAGUGCAGUACCACGCUCUAGGUCACAGAGUUCUACAAUUCCCAAAGCUGUUACCUGGGAGCUCAGUUAGGAGUAACUUCAGAGCUGUAUCUAUUGUGCUUGUGCAAAUCUGCACAUCAGAAAUGGAGGUCCAAUGCAAACAGCAGUGAAAAUGAGACCUUGUAUAAGUUUCCAACAUUUUCUCUCCUCAAUUCUAUCUGUUCAUCAGCCUAUCUAGUCUAGAAACACUGUACUCUAGGAACUACCAGAAGGCAGUACUGAGCGCAUGCCACUAAAACCUCUCCUCUCCCCUCAGUAUAAAGCAAGAGCCUCAUGGAGCCUCUCUCACCCCUUUCACCCCCACCACGCCGGUCGGCUCUGGGCAGGCUGAGCUUCAGCCCUUCCACAUGACCCUUUCAGACGAUGCGUCCACGCCUUGCUACAGUGCCUUCCUUCAUCAUGGUGCCCACUUUGGGCAGUCCAGCAGCCAGCCUCUGAUAGCAGGUCGUGAUAUGGCAAGCACCACCUUGCCUGGCUACCCACCCCAUGUUCCCCCAACUGGACAAGGCAGCUACCCAACCUCAACUCUGGCAGGAAUGGUUCCUGGGAGCGAGUUCUCAGGGAACCCCUACAGCCACCCUCAGUACACAACCUACAAUGAGGCCUGGCGGUUCAGCAACCCUGCAUUACUAAGUUCCCCUUAUUAUUAUAGUGCCACAUCCCGGGGCUCCGCACCUCCCACUGCUGCCGCUGCCUAUGACCGCCACUAGCUACCAUGGAAACCACAUGAAACUGCAGGGUGACAGCUUAGGCCUCCAUAUUGUACCUGUCUGACCCAUCCCUCCGCCCCUGGGAAGGUGAAGAGAGCCUCGCCGUGCCUCCCCGCAGCACACCUCCCUCUCCACCGCUCCGAGCGCUCACCAUACCAGCCUGAGAACCCCGUUCUCCCUGCAUCCCCCUGCACCCUGAGGCACCUCAGGAGCCCUCAACAGCACCUCGGCACAGCUCGACCUCCUGCGCUCCCAAGACUUGAGGGGAACUGGCAGCCAUUGCCUUGCGGGACCCCAUUCUCCUGGGAGCGGUACGGGCAGGGGGAAGCAGGGAGACAGCUGCUCACAAAACACUGAUCCCCAAAGAUACGCUCCUCUGUGGUGAACUCUUCAGAAUGCGUAACCUGUGACCGUCGCCCUGCUUCCCAGGACAGAAGGAACAGCCUGGCUAGAGCAGAGAUGGUGGCACUAAGCCCUGCCUAUCUGGCAAACAUGAGAAGGACCAAGUGACUUUCUGUUACUCCCCACGCACCUCAUCCCACCCCCCGGCAUGGCUCCUGGCGCUGGCUGCGCCCUGCGCGGUGCCCUCGAGGCCAGAGCUGGGCUGAACCUCACUCACACCCACAGCUUCUGUGACACACAAUCAGCUCAGACAGGAGGAUGGAGCAACAAUUACAAACCGACCGACGAAAUGAAGAAAUAUAUAAAUAGAUAU